CAAGAUUCAGUCAGUAAUAGGUACACAUCUCCUCUUGUUCCAGCAUCUCCCGAACCCGAACCACGCCGUCCGGUCCACCCCGAGAGGAGAGCGCAGCGACAUGCCGGCGACGCCGACCAUCAUCGGUGCCCUGCUGGGGCUGGGCACCCAGAUGUACUCCAACGCCCUCCGGAAGCUCCCCUACAUGCGCCAUCCCUGGGAGCAUGUGCUGGGAAUGGGUCUGGGUGUUGUGUUUGUAAACCAACUGGUGAAGUUUGAUGAGAAGGUAAAGGUGGACCUUGACAAGAUGCUUGAGCGUGCGAAACACGCCAAUGAGCAGCGCUACUUUGGUUUGUGCUUAUUUCCUCCCAACAUUUUGGAAUCCUGAUUACGAAGACGACGAUUAGCUGUUCAAAUUUGUUUGGCGGCAACCGGGGUUUUUUCAGUUUGCUUUGGUCAGAAAAACUGGCUCCGCAUUUCAUCUGCGGUAGUGUAAUAAACUGAUGUUUCACAGUACUUGGGUUGUACUUGUACGGGAGACCUUUUUAUGGUACUUGAAUCUGAUUGAUCACCUUGUCUGAAGCAUCGUUAUUCAAGUUCAAAUGAUGACUUAUGGUACC